CGCUACUAACAGGAGAUAGAUCUGUUACGAUAUACUUACACAGCUGUCAGUUGAUAAACCAUUACAUUGAGCGGCACACUUCCAUUCAUCGACCUAUCCAGCUCCAAUCACAUCGAUGCCUCUCUCUACAAUAAGAUCAACCCCACCAAAACCACGAAACACAGUCUCAUCUAUCAAAAUCCAACGGUAUUGGACAUGUGCAUCAUCGUUCCCAGAAAGACCUGCCCUACCUGUGGACAAGGUGGCAAAGGUCAUGAUCCAUAUACACGAAGGGGUUCAGAUACGAUUAAUUGUGGAAAAACCGGCCCAUUGUGCGAAAGAAUUGUUAUAGGUGAUACCAAGGGGAAGAAAGGGGAUUGCGAGGCAUGUGUCUUGGAGAGCACAUAUGAACAGAGGAAGACGGAGGGUAAUUUGACAGAGAAGGAGAAGAAAGCGGAAAAAAAGAAGGAUGCAAAGAUAAGGCUUAAGCUGGAUGUGGAAGAAAAGAGAAAGAAACUGUGGCCUAGUGCUGAAUGAAGCUAGUCUCAUGAUGAUGAUGUGAGAAGCAGAUAAUGGGAC